GCAGGCCCACGGAGGUCACGUCCCGCUUCCCGGGGCGGAGCUCCAGGCGGGGGAAGGACGGCUGCAGUCGGGCUGCCAGCGCGAGCGCGGCGUGCCGGGAAAGGGGCGGGCGGAGCGCGCGGGGCGGAGGAUGCCGGCCGCGGGGGGGCGGGGUCGCGUCUGCCGCAGCUACCGGGUGCGGCCCAGUGAGGGGCGCGAACGCGGGCGCCGCUGGCUGGAAGACAGUUCCCCGGGACCGCUGGUCGGCUCCUGAAUCCGCUGCGCGCCGCCGCCGGGCCACCGCCAGCGUGCGGAAAGGUUUCUGCCGAAGCCCCCCGUCAUGGUGGCUGGAGGACGUGUCUUUGUCCUGCCCUGCAUCCAGCAAAUCCAGAGGUGAAAUCCAGGGGCGAACAGGAGAUGUUGGCAGCUGCCUGCCAGAGAUGUUCCUGGGGAAGACAGAGGCUGAGAUUGCCCACAUUGCACUGGAGACUCUGGAGGCCACCAGAGGGCUAUCAUGCGCUCACAUGACUGUGGAGGAGAUCUAUAAGGACAGACAGAAAUUUUCAGAGCAAGUUUUCAAAGUGGCCUCCUCAGACCUGGUCAACAUGGGCAUCAGUGUGGUUAGCUACACCCUGAAGGACAUUCAUGAUGAUCAGGACUAUUUACACUCCUUAGGGAAGGCUAGAACAGCUCAAGUCCAAAAAGAUGCUCGGAUUGGGGAGGCAGAAGCCAAAAGGGAUGCUGGGAUCCGGGAAGCCAAAGCUAAGCAGGAGAAGGUGUCUGCCCAGUACCUGAGUGAGAUCGAGAUGGCCAAGGCGCAGAGAGACUAUGAGCUAAAGAAGGCAGCAUAUGACAUCGAGGUCAACACCCGCCGCGCACAGGCUGACCUCGCCUAUCAGCUUCAGGUGGCCAAAACCAAGCAGCAGAUCGAGGAGCAGCGGGUCCAGGUGCAGGUGGUGGAGCGGGCCCAGCAGGUGGCAGUGCAGGAACAGGAGAUCGCCCGCCGAGAGAAGGAGCUGGAGGCCCGAGUUCGGAAGCCCGCGGAAGCCGAGCGCUACAAGCUGGAGCGCCUAGCUGAGGCAGAGAAGUCCCAGCUGAUCAUGCAAGCUGAGGCAGAAGCUGAGUCUGUGAGGAUGCGUGGGGAGGCCGAGGCCUUUGCCAUAGGGGCUCGAGCUCGGGCCGAGGCCGAGCAGAUGGCCAAGAAGGCAGAAGCAUUCCAGCUGUACCGUGAGGCCGCUCAGCUGGACAUGCUGCUGGAGAAGCUGCCCCAGGUAGCAGAGGAGAUCAGUGGUCCCCUGACCUCAGCCAAUAAGAUCACACUGGUGUCCAGUGGAGGUGGAACCAUGGGGGCGGCCAAAGUGACCGGGGAAGUACUGGACAUCCUGACCCGCCUGCCGGAGAGCGUGGAGAGACUCACAGGCGUCAGCAUCUCCCAGGUUAACCACAAGCCUUUGCGAACAGCCUGAGCCAACCUUCGCUCCAGUACCUAGCCUCAUGGUUGCCAGAAUAGUACCCAUACUGCAUGCACAACUGGCUUCCCUGAGCAUGCCCUUGACAGUGGGGUACUCCCCCCAUCUCCUUGCCAAAUAGCCUGUGCCUUGCCUUGGAGGGGAAAGGUUGCUCUUCCCAGCCCCACACUGCCGAGACUACCAGUCCCCCAGGGGUUCCAUGCCAGCCUUCUGAUUAUCUUACUCACCCCCAACUUAACUUCCUAGACCACGUGCACCUAUUGUCUAGAAUUUUCCUGACCAAAACUGAGGGAUGGCCUGAGGUUAACUUUGUCAAAUCAAUUGCUGUUAAAAAGCACUAAUACUGAUUAACAAUUAACUUAAUAAAGCAGAACUCAUUCAAAAUUAAUGCUGGAAUGUAGCUUACUCCCUUCAUUCAAUAUAUUUUUUAGAAUGGAAGAAGUUAGGGGCGCCUGCGUGGCUCAGUGGGUUAAAGCCUCUACCUUAGGCUCAGGUCCUGGGGUGCUGGGAUUGAGCCCGCAUUAGGCUCUCUGCUCUGUGGGGUGCCUGCUUCCUCCUCUCUGCCUGCCUGUGAUCUCUGUCAAAUGAAACCUUAAAAAAAAAAAAAAAAAAAAGAAUGGGAGAAGUUACCUUGUACACUGUUAAAAUUGUACCACUUUUUUCCUGCAAAGUUGGUUAUAGGCAGAAAAUCAUGCUGAAAUGAAGUAGUGAGAAUUGACGUAGUCCCAAAAACUACUGAAAAUAUGGAAAUUAUAGACUUAAAUUUCCAGGGUCACUUUGAGAUUUUGUGUACUUAGAAGCAUGUUGUAUUAGGUUUAACGGUGUUACUUUAGAAUGGGACCAUUAAGUGAUACUCUCCACUGGUUAACUUUCCCUAAUGUUAACUGAGAAAAUCCCAAAGGGUAAGAGAAAACAUCAAGAUACCAUAGCCCAAAUGAACCCUGUAUGCCCUGGAUGAGCUACACAUUUUAUAUGGGGCAAUAGCUCUCAACUCUGCAUUUGCCAAUAUUCUCCUGGAGUAGUUAAAAAUAGAUGGCUAGUUAACUGGUUUCUGGUUGGGUAGGCCUAAAGAUCUGCAUUUCUAAGUUCCAGGAGGUUGUUGAUGGGCUGGGAGGCACUUAAUGCCCUACUUAACAUUCAUCUCAAUUCUCAUUGAUCCUGUGUAUCUGAGCCUAUGGCUAUCCCAGUUAUUGAGGCUGGUAGUGAGGUGCUGGGGUAGUUUGGGUACUAGGAUUAAGAGAAGAGGCUGGAGCACCUGGGUGGCUCAGUUGGUUAAGCCUCUGCCUUCAGCUCAGGCUCUGAUCUCAGGGUCCUGAAUCGAGCCCACAUCAGGCUCUGUUCAGCAGGGAGUUGCUUCCCCCUCUCUCUGCCCUUUUUUUUUUUUUUUGCCUACUUGUGAGCUGUCAAAUAAAAUCUUAAAAAAAAAAAAAAAAGAGGGUCCAUUAAGUAUAAGGAUAUUCUCAUCAGUUCAUGGAGAGCAAAGUGUAUGUGGUGCUGAACUUGAGCCUCCUGUAUCCACUGGUACUCUUUCCCUAAAUGAGCACACAUCUCGCAACUUAAUUUUUUCAGUUGUCAUUUAUUUUUGGCUCUUGGGGCAAUGUUAUCUUUUCAAUAUGAAAAAAAGCAAGUUCAACACAAAAUAGAAAUUUGAAGUGUAGGACAGGAUGAAGCCAAGGGCAGGGGAGGGAAUAGCAAAAGGAAAAAAUGAGAUGUUGCCAAAGAUGGGAGGGUCUCCUUGUCCCCUCUCUGGAAGAAUGAUUCAAAAGAUUUAGGUGGCAGUACAAACCUUUCUGUAUAUAUACAGCAGAGCUGGGUGUUUGCUAAGAAAGGGUGGGGAUGGGGAGGGUCUUUCUGGAGGCUAGUCCCUCUUCCCCUUCUUGGCCCCCUUCUCCAACCAGGGGAAAAGGAAGGAAUCCAACAUAUGAAGGUGGUUAUGUAGGAAAAGGGAAGGAACCUGCUUUAACAGGGUAGGGCAGACCCCUGCAAAAGAAACAGCUCAGGACACAGCUUGGAAGACGGAAAAAGAGAUAAUACUGUCAACACCUCUCCUGAAGCUGAGAGGAGCAGGGAAAUUCCUGGAAAUUAGGACUCAAGAGCCUGGAUAUCCCUCUCCAAAACUGCUCUAGAAUCGAAAACCCUACCCCUUCCUUAUAGGUACCUCUACUGCUAUGAGGUAGCUUUGUUUCCUUUCCCCGGGGCUACCACAUGGGCUUAGGAUGGUGGCCAUCUACUGGGUUUUAAGCACUUGGUUUUAGAUGGGAUCUGAUGAGACCCAGCUUCUUGGAGAAUUAUCUUAUAAAACAAAGGGAAAUACCAACUGGACAGAUGGGAGAAGGGGACACCGAAAGGAAAUACAGGGUUACUGAGAAUGGCAGAAAUCUAGGUUUCCCAGAGUGGAAGAGAGGAGACAUUCAACAAACAACAAGUAUUUAUUGAGCGCCUAUUAUGUGCCAGGCACUGUGUUCUAGGACCAUCCCCCUCCAAAAAAGAAAAAAAGAGACAGAGGCAGAAAAUGUAAUUCUGAGGGAGAGGACAGGGGCAGCUGAGGAAGAAGGCUGAGGGAAUGGAGAAGCCUGAGGUGAUGGUGCUCUGUCUUAGGCCUCCUCUUCAGCCUCCUCACCGAAAUCCUCCUCUUCUUCUGCGGUGGCAUCCUGGUACUGCUGAUACUCGGAGACAAGGUCAUUCAUGUUGCUCUCAGCUUCAGUGAAUUCCAUCUCGUCCAUGCCCUCACCUGUGUACCAGUGGAGGAAGGCCUUGCGCCGGAACAUGGCCGUGAACUGCUCUGAGAUGCGCUUGAAGAGCUCCUGGAUGGCUGUACUAUUUCCAAUGAAGGUGACUGCCAUCUUGAGGCCACGAGGUGGGAUAUCGCAGACUGCUGUCUUGACAUUGUUGGGGAUCCACUCCACGAAGUAGCUGCUAUUCUUGUUCUGCACGUUGAGCAUCUGCUCAUCUACCUCCUUCAUGGACAUCCGCCCACGGAAGACAGCAGCCACAGUGAGGUAACGGCCAUGGCGGGGGUCACAGGCAGCCAUCAUGUUCUUGGCAUCAAAGACCUGCUGGGUGAGUUCAGGCACAGUGAGGGCCCGAUACUGCUGGCUUCCACGGCUGGUCAGAGGUGCAAAGCCAGGCAUGAAGAAGUGGAGCCGUGGGAAGGGCACCAUGUUGACGGCUAGCUUCCGGAGGUCAGCAUUGAGCUGACCAGGGAAGCGGAGGCAGGUGGUGACACCACUCAUGGUGGCUGAGACGAGGUGGUUCAGGUCUCCGUAGGUUGGUGUGGUCAGCUUGAGAGUGCGGAAGCAGAUGUCAUAAAGAGCCUCGUUGUCAAUGCAGUAGGUCUCAUCUGUGUUCUCUACCAACUGAUGGACGGAGAGGGUGGCAUUGUAGGGCUCAACCACAGUGUCAGACACUUUGGGUGAGGGUACCACACUGAAGGUGUUCAUGAUGCGGUCAGGAUACUCUUCUCGGAUCUUGCUGAUGAGCAAGGUGCCCAUUCCAGAGCCUGUGCCCCCACCCAGUGAGUGGGUCAGCUGGAAGCCCUGUAGGCAGUCACAGCUCUCUGCCUCCUUCCUCACCACAUCCAGGACUGAGUCAACCAGCUCAGCCCCCUCUGUGUAAUGGCCUUUGGCCCAGUUGUUGCCUGCCCCAGACUGACC